AUGAAGUCUGCCCAGGUUUGCUUCCUUUUCUGUUUUUGGAAAGCCAUCUGCUGCAAUGGUUGUGAACUGACCAACAUCACCAUCGCGGUGGAGAAAGAGGACUGCCGCUUCUGCAUCAGCAUCAAUACCACAUGGUGUGCGGGGUACUGCUACACCAGGGAUCUUGUGUAUAAGGACCCAGGUAGGCCCAACACGCAGAAAACCUGCACCUUCAAAGAGCUGGUGUAUGAGACCGUGAGAGUGCCAGGCUGUGCGCACCACACAGACUCCCUGUAUACAUACCCCGUGGCCACGGAAUGUCACUGUGGCAAAUGUGACAGCGACAGCACUGACUGCACCGUGCGAGGUCUGGGGCCCAACUACUGCUCCUUCCGUGAAAUGAAAGAAUGA